GAUCGUACGUAUAGAAACGCGCGAGCAGUAACGAUUAAAUUAAUUGAAUUGAAAAGAUAUAUUGAAAUUUUCUCUGUAUUUAUAAAAAAAAAUGGCUGGAGAAGUCAUCGUUGAUGCAUUACCCUAUAUAGAUCAAGGAUAUGACGAACCUGGUGUUAGGGAAGCGUUUUACUAUGGAUAUGAACAAGUUUAUAUUUGCUAUUUGGAGGAUGUAUCCUUUACUCGCUCAAUUUCAGGCAUUAGCAAUGGUUGAAGAAGAGACGAGACGAUACAGACCAACCAAAAAUUACUUGGAACAUUUGCCUUCUUUAAAUAUAAAUGCAUUUGAAACUGAUGUAAUGAAGCACGAGUUUGAAAGAAUGCAAAAUCGUUUACCUAUGGAAGUUCUCAGUAUGAAACGUUAUGAACUUCCACCGCCACCGCCUGGUAAAAUGAACGAUUUGACAGCCUGGAAUGAGAGCGUAGAAAAUAGUAGUGCGCAACUGGAACAUCAAGCAACUAGGAUAUGUAAUUUAGAAUUAAUGAUGGAAUAUGGUUGCGAAGCCUGGAAAUCGUAUUUGGAAAUAUUAGUUCAAUUAGUUAGUCAAGGACAAAAACAAUUGCAGACUUUAAGAAAAAAGAUACAAGAAGUUAAUUGGCAAAGAAAAUCGAUGCAAACACAAGGAGGAGAAAAGUUAAGAGCAUUGGAAGCUCAAUGGGUCGGUUUGGUUUCAAAGAACUAUGAAAUUGAACAGGCAUGUGUACAUAUAGAAGAGGAAAUACACAAAACUAUAAUGAACAAAGAAGAGAUAAUAGAAAUAAAUCAUGUACCAGGAGAUGAAGAACCAGCCGUUCCAGGAAAAAGUGCCACGGACGUUAUGGCAAUGGAAAUGAAUCUUGCUGAAAAUCAAGCAAUAUAAUACAUUUGCUCAAGUACGUAAGUAUGAAAGAAGAAGAGAAAAAGAAAAAGAACAAAAAAAAAAAAAAAAGAAA